UUGAAUGGUCGUGGUGCAUACCGUCAGCGGAGGAAACAACAACAACAACAGCAACAACAACAACAACGACGACGACGACGACGACGACGACGACUACGACGACAAGAACAACAACAGUAUUCUAACAACAGCAAAUUGUACUAAAGUAUUAAAUACUUCAUCGCUGUUGUAUGCAAUACCGUUUCAUACAACGCUGCAGUCGUUGCAGGAAGCUUUGCGUCAUGGUGUCUACGUCCACCCUGACUGUAGCGUCGCCAUUGCCACUGCCAUCACCAAUGUCGUCCGUGGUCGGUGUCGGUACCGGCCGGCGGCAGGCAUGGAGCCCAGGCGGCUCCCGGCGGCCCUGCUGGCGUGCGUGUGUGUGCUGGCUAUGGCGGCCGGCCAUCCUGGAGGUCGGCCUCGAGGAGACUUCCUUAGCCAGAGGGUUGCCAACGGGUCUCAGCGGAGCGCCGUGAAACCCACCUACACGCUGUCCUACCGAGAGCUGUACCUGGAAGAGGCGUGCGGCGGCCUCGCCAACAAGGCGCAGCGCUCGCACUACCUGAGCCUGCGCGACCACAAGGCGAGCAUGGCCAUCUACUCGCACCGGUCGGGGGUGCUGCCGCGCAGCGUGAGCAAGUGCCGCAUCCAGAUACUGACCGAGUCACAUGCACGGCUCACCAUCUCCUUCGUCAAGCUGGACACCGUCGAGCAGCCCUUCAUAUGCUACAUGUACCUCAAGAUCUACAUGACCGACAAGCCCGACCUAGUGUGCGGCAAGCAGGCGACCGGUAAAAGCAUCAGCACCAGCACUUCGCAGAUGGCGCUCGAGUGGGUGAUCAACAACGGCGGCGAGAAGCCCGGAAGAAUAGAGAUGGUCCUGACCAGCUAUAAAGAGAGCGACCUGUCCGGAAACUGCGAGUCCGGCAUGUACGCCUGCAGCAACCGCCACUGCAUCUGGUCGGGAUUCAUCUGCGACGGCGUCAACAACUGCGGCGACGGAAGCGACGAGCGCCUUUGCAUCGGCGGCCGCCAGGACCACACGCUCAUCCUGGCCAUCGUGGUCCUGGUGGCGCUGUUCGCCGUUGGCACGGGCAUCGUGUUCCAGAUAGUCUACAACCGAUACAGCGGAAGGGACAUCCAGACACAGUACGUGGUCGGCCCCAACCUAGAGCAACCUGGUGUCGCUCACGUUCCGAAGCCCUGAUGACCUGCGCUACGCCAUGACAACCGCUCGUGUCGCGCCUACAGUACAGUGCCGGAGAAAAUAUAAUGCCGCCUCAUAGCGAGCCCGUAGGCAAAUGCCGCCCUAAUUAUUGAUACUUUCCUUGUGUUCUAGCUGAACAGAUCGUACCAUUUUCUUGCGCUUUACCGUAAUUUUUAUAGAAUAAUGAACAAUACAACAUGCUUCGCAAUCACGAAAAUUAGCGAUAGAGACAGAGGACGACAACAGUUCACGCUUGCACCAGCUAUGAUGCCUUGUGUGAAAAAACUGAGAAUUUCAUGAGCUCUAGCAACGAUAAGAAUGCUUUCAUCUUGUCACCUCGCGAUGCUUGCGCUGGGUCGUACCUUUAAAUAAACGUUCGUGGAGAGAGAAUCAUCGCUCAGACAAUCGCGUUUGUCUAUGCAAGCAAAAGCCGAGUGGCGGCGCAGUUUAUAGGAUAAACACAAGCAGCAGGUCAACGAAAAUUUUAUUCACUCUGUACUCAAUGAAGAGGUAUAAAUACAACUAGAUACUGAUAUGACCACCUGUCAUGCUCCGUGUACUUUUGGGCUGAUCGAGGACGACAGAAAAGUGGCUAAGAAGGCUACGUACUAGCUAUUCAGCUUUAUGAAUUUGUGCUGAACUUCUUUUCUAAUGUCGAAGCGGUUAACAGAAUAAAAAGACAAUAAUAGUCAUGAGCAAUAGAACAACACAUGACUAAAGGAUGCUAUAUGAGAAGCGAAAAAUGGGGGAGUUGGUAUCUGGAAGGUUUAUUAGAAUGUUUACAAACUUUGAAGAUAUGUCCUACGUCAUAAGAAGGAGCAGGUAAACAAUUCAGAGCCAUUCCACUCUAUGAAGGAGGAUGACCAGCGGAGCUGUGUAUAACUAUACAAAAAAUGCAAUAAAAAUGCAAAAACAACAAUGCAAUAUGACACAAAUAUGGACGUUCUUAUGUUUAUUUGUAUUUACGUUUAUCUCGUGACCACAGUAAUUACGGCUUUACGGUCGCUAUGAUGGACGGCCGUGAGCUCUGUGACGACAUUGGAGAUGUUCUUAGUGAACGUUAGGUCUAUGCACGAUCGAUGACGCGUCGUGGAGGCAUUGUUCUUGGUGCAACAUUGAAGGCCGAACCCUUCCAAAAGAAACGCCCAGAACUACUUUCCGUCUGGACGAGACACAUCGACGUUGUGGGAGGCGGCGCGACGAGGUAGGUGGCCGUCGUAGCCACUGUUUACUUAGGCCGGCCAGCCAUGGUGCCGCAAGAUCUCGGGAGCAGGUCGAGCGUGUUCUAUUCUCGCGUUACCAGCACGUGAGCCCAUCUUCUUCGCCUGCUUUGGAGAUCGAUAGUCGCGCCGCUACAAUGUUAAGGUCACCCACAAUGACGAUGGGAUCAGGGUCUACCGAGAGGAUCCACCCGAAUGUGUCGAUCAUAAAGUUUUCGAGGUCCCUCUUUGACGUUCCGGGACGAACGUACACGGUGGCGACAACGAGUCCGUCCCCAGUCUGUACGGCGCACGCGUCGGCGCAUUCCACGGCCAGGCUCUCGCCCGGUGAGGGCGCAACAGCCGCGCUGUCGUUCUUUGCGUAGAUCUCAACGCCGCCCCCUCGGGAAUCGACGUGGCCGUCGCACACGGCGACAGUUGACGUCAUGGCUCUACAGGCGAACGACGCGGUUUAUCUCGGCUCCCUUUCGUCCUUGCAAUGAGUAGGCCGCGUGUUGUCCGGACUGCGGAAGAACGGCGCGCGUACGAAGAGCAACGGCGGGAACAGAAACAAAACCCAUCAUCCAUCACUUGUUUUUACACAUCUGGCCUCAAAAGCAGCUGGGACCCAUAUGCUAACACGAUAUUGCCUUAUGCUUAAGCUAUUUUAACCCUAUAGACGCCGCCAUCGUUUUUGCCUACGCACAUCACGAAAGGCUGGAAACUAGCAUAAGGCUCCGCUGUAAAACAGAGAGAAUAUUUGGUGUUACGCACACUAAAAGAUCUGCCACGUGUCAAGUCGCAUAUAGAAAAGCCACUUCAUCGUCAAUAUCAUGAAGCGUUAUGGAGGCGUGGCUGACAAAACCCUUCGCCUUUUUCUUUAUCUCGUGGGCUUCUGCAACCUCUCCUGUCGUUUCAUCUUUGUGCUUAAACAGGACUUUUUUUUUUCAAUCUGGUGUGUACACUUAUCAUGCGACUAUGCAUUGCGAAUAUGCAUUGCGAGGAGAUGCAUGUGCGCCGUCCCUUUUGUAGAAUUCAAAUGCUCCUUCGGCUUAGUGCUGAGACACCUGCCGGUUUGGCCACACAUGUAUGCCCACGCUAGAAAGGUACAGAAUACACAGCUGAAGUUGAGCGAGAGACGAAUUUGAUCACGUGGUUAACACUACAGGUGGACCGAUUGCUUACAUCUGUAGUGCAGCUGUUCAAUCUGCCACUACACCUGUGCACGGCCGAACAAAGGCUACCGAGCUUGUUCGCCGAGAACACAACUUUCACGCCGUAGCUAGAAGCAAUCUUUCUCAGCCUAAGCGAUAACAUUUGGACGUAUUGGACGACGGCCAUCUUAUUGCUAUCGGACCCCCCAGUAUCGUGUGUUAAUAUCGUCGGGCAAAAACCCACCGAGUAGUUUUUUGCCCGACGCGGUUAUGACAGCCUGUCGGAACGCCGCUGACUGCAUCCGGGCUACUUGCCCUGACAAGCUGUCGCCUACUUUGCGGAUGCACAUCAACAAAACGUUCCAUGGCUGGACAGAGCAAUACCAUUCUUGACCAACUUCGAGUGGUUGGAACGGAAGUCCAGGAACUGGCUUUUUAAAUCUGGGCUGGUACUUCCAGCAAUCAUCAUUAGGCUCGAAAUAUACCUAUAGGUCCAAAAAACUGAGAAAUAGUUAUUUCCUCCUCCUCCUCCUCCUCCUCCUCCUCCUCCUCCUCCUCCUCCUCCUCCUCCAAAAACUGAAUACUUAAUUCUCUCGCCAUUUUGCUCGUGAGCUUCAACCAUGACCGAUCUUUUGGUGUGUUGAACACCAAAAAUUUUCUCUGUUUUUACUAGCUCCUUCUGAUGACGUAGGACAUAUCGCGUUUUUAAAGUUUUUAACCUUUCGGAUAAACGUUUCAGUUGACUGCCAGCGCUGUGUCUUGUCGCUUCUCGUGCCUUUGCCUCUGUCCUAGUAGUUCGCGCUCCGAAUCAGCCAUGAUCGUCGGUGUUUGAGCACACCGUGGAAGGACUUGGAUUCGCGUGCUGAGGCAGAAGCUACCGCUUUUGUGUAGCCACAUUCAUCUAGCAAGCUUGUACGUGCUUAGAUGACAUGGUAUCACAUGCUAUGUCUUUUUUGUUGUUAUUUGUGCUCAUAUUGUUCGUGUUGUCUUUACUAUUGCAUUCGUUCAUUCAUCCACGAUUUUAUAUACUUGUUGUCAACAUUAAGAUUAUGUAGGCGUAUAUUGUGAUAGGUUUAAUGUGUUAUGUCUUGAUCAGGUUAUCGACUAUUCUUUCGCUAUUGCACAUAAACGCCAUGCACACUAGAUAAGCAACAGGAGCUACCUUGAAGGUAUCCAAAACAUCACAGAAUGUCACUUACGUGUCCGCAGGAUAUAUUAUGAUAUAAUAUAAAUACAGAAUGUUAACUGUGGAAUAAACCCUAUCGAAAAUAUAGAACAAUUUCUAGACAUUCACAUUAUUUGCAGCAAACGUGAACAUAUUCGAAGUGAAUUUCUUUCGAGCGAGUAGAUGGGGGCACUUAGCAGACAUGGAAAAGAAAAAAAUUAAGGAUGACGUGUGUCUCAUGGCUACGUAUGUCUCACCCCGUUUCUUUUUUAUUUUCCUUGUCUACGUUUGUGAAGCGCAUUUACAUGCUCGCAAUGCUCAACCAACUCGCCCAACUAGCUUUGUUGACCAAUUGAAGUUGUUCUAUACCCGUCAGAGGCUGGAAGGCGAUGGUUGCGUGCACUUAGUACGCUUUGACCACAGAAGCCUAAUCGUCCACAUGAUUGCUAGAAAAGCAUUUAGCGAGGCGAAGAUGUGCUGAAUGCCGUCAUACGAUCCAAGAAUGUCCUUAAAGUAGCCUGCACGACAAAAAACAGAUAUAGCAGAGAUAAGUUAGUGCA